CCGUAUGUGUGGAUUCUGUGGAAAAUCUGUGUUUUAAAGUGAAGUAAGCAAAACCCAGGUAGAAGAUAACCUUAGAUACCCACCACCCAGGGUUUCCAUUUCUAUCUCUUAUCUUUUUCUUUUUCUCUAUCUCUCUCUUAAUACUACUCCACAGUCUAUUCUUGGUGCUGAACAACAAGGGAAGAGAGAGAGAGAGAGAGAGAGAGAGAGAGAGAGAGACAUAGCCCAGAAAAAGAGAGAGAGAGAGAAUGGGGAGAGGAAGAGUGGAGCUGAAGAGGAUAGAGAACAAAAUUAACAGGCAGGUGACAUUUGCUAAGAGAAGGAAUGGUCUUCUCAAGAAAGCUUAUGAGCUCUCUGUUCUCUGUGACGCUGAGGUUGCUCUCAUCGUUUUCUCUAGCCGUGGCAAACUCUAUGAGUUCUGCAGCGGCCCUAGCAUGGCGAAAACACUUGAGAAGUACCAAAAGUGCAGCUAUGGUGCAUUGGAAGCCAGCCAACCUGUCUAUGAACUCACUCAGAGCAGCUAUCAGGAGUAUUUGAAGCUAAAGACAAGAGUGGAGGUCCUACAGCGGUCUCAGAGACACCUUCUUGGGGAAGACUUGGACCCGCUAAACACAAAGGAGCUUGAGCAGCUUGAGCAUCAACUCGAGAUGUCCCUGAAGCAAAUUAGGUCCACAAAGACUCAAAAUAUGCUUGAUCAACUAGCAGAUCUUCAAAAUAAGGAACAUAUGCUAAUUGAAGCUAACAAUGCCCUGAGAAGGAAGCUGGAAGAAUCUAAUGGAAAACAUCCCCUUCAACAGUCAUGGGAAGCGGCAGGAAACAGUGCUCUCUACAGUCGCCUUCCUGCUCAAUCAGAGGGGUUUUUCCAGCCUCUGGAACGCAAUUCCACAUUGGAAAUGGGAUACAAUGCUGCAGGAUCCAAUGAGAUAACUCUUGCGGCCCCAUCCCAAAAUGACAAUGGAUUUGGCCCCGGAUGGAUGCUUUGGAUAUAAUCCAGUGGGAGAUUGAUGGGAUUUUCUCACGAAAUGCCUUUCAGCUUCUUUUUAAUUUUUCCGAUAUCGAUAUAUCUGUCUACUGCAACUUGUAAUUAUCAUCCAAGACAAUAAGUAUCUAUCAGUUGUAAUGGCAUAAAGGACAACAUGCAGUUGCUUUCCAAACCUUGUAGCCAUGACACCCCCUGUGGCAUGAGACUGUUUGAAUUGUAAGCUUGUGGAUUUUGUGAGUAUCUUAGGCUUCUUUUGGUUGGCAUUUGAAAGGGAAAUUUUACUUCAUCUUUUGCUCUCCCAGGCAAAAAAGUGUGUAUCCUUUUCCCCGGGAUUGUAGACCCAGAAUCUGUGAAAUGGACUCAACAACUAAAAUGACGCCCUGCCUAAUAACUUUGUGUCACUUUGUAUAUGAUGUGUUCAUUUAUCUUCA